AUGGCCGGAGGAGACAACCCCGAAACGGAACAUCAAGAAGAUGUGGAACAUGAGGAGGAGGUGGAACAUGAAGCACACGUGGAACAUGAAGAGGAACAAGUCGAAGAGCAACAAGAAGCAGCCUCAGAUAAAGAAGUGAAAGACUCGACAGAGCCAAGAGAAAAGACUGCGAAUGAGAGCAGGACAGUGAGAACCACCAUCCCCAAAUAUUGGCAUCCAGAUCUGCCCGAUAGACCCACCGUGGGCUUUGGCAAUAGGGAUGUUGACUGCUAUCGAAAUGUCACCUUCCACCUGAUUCUCAAUGUGCCGGUUUUCUACAAUUGGCUCAUCUGGUACAAGGAGCAUCAUGCCCCAAAGGGCCACAUUUGCAAUCUGGGCUCAUCUGAUGAAGGAGAUCCUAUGAAAUGUCUAGUUUGCGAACUGGCUGAGAUCGCUCAAGGUUACUGGUCAGGUAAAAUUGGAAGCUGGAUGGACAACUUUGUAUCGCUAGGAGAUACUCUCUUGCAUAGUUGGAAACCGGGCGGGACAAGCGUGGAACAAGACCCGGCAGAAUACCUCGAAGUGCUUUACAACACGAUCAGAGAUAGGACCAAGCUGAUGAUGCAAGGAGACUUGAAAGAUAUCUUCGAGGUCAAAAUCAUCGAGGUGACCAGAUGCGACGGGAAAUCACCUUGUGAGCCAGCAUACAACCCAAGAAAUCAACUGUUGAUGAUGAUCAGCUUGUCUGGAGAGGAGGGCGAUGUACUACCUGAAAAGCCUACUUUGAGCGAUAUAAUACAACGGCACUUUGACCACGAGGAUGAUUACGAUGCGUGCACCACAUGUGGAGGCAUGAGAACAUCUAAAGAGCAAAUUGGAAGUUUUCCUGAGCUUCUCUUGGUCCAGCUCAACCGUGCCGAUACGAAGGGCAAGAAGAUCCGCACUCACGUAUAUCUGAGUGAAGAGUUGGAUAUCGAGACACGGUUCAUCGAUGAACGCUGGGGUAACAAACGAAAAAUCAUCCAGUAUAAAUUAACCUCGGUGAUCUUGCAUAGUGGUGAUCCGACACACGGCCAUUACUGUAUCGGCGUUAAAGGCAAAGGGGAUAAAUGGUACUUGUUGAAUGAUGAGCAUAAAAUCCAAAAGUGGCAACCCGAAGGGCCUGGAAGCGACCCGAUCCAUCUCAGCACCUGUUAUAUAUUUGCAUACCGCCGGUUACCCACGGGUGAUGAAGUACCGACACCGGAUUACGAUGCCAUGCAAAUCGACUCUGGUUCGGUGUUCGACAAGAAUCUGUUCCCAGGUUUUGAUUUUGAUUCUGGAUCAUUAAAACCUGUCUCUGAAUUAGAUCCCAAUGCCUGGGGCAAUGCCAAGGAGCUCGGGAAAUUCCUGAAUAUGAUGAUUCCCAAGGUUGUCGAUGUCUAUAUAGCUCGCUCAGAGAAUGCGAGACACAAGGAGUUUAAGGGAUGGAUAGAUGAAUGGGAGAAGAAAAAAGGAGUCAAAGGAGUGGAGACUUCUGCUAUUGGUCCUGAUAUUGCGGAUAUAGUCAACUGGACUAAGGAACGAGGACGACUUGAGAUAACUUUGACUGGAGAUGGAGGGAAAGGGUCAAAAUUGUUGGAUCUUGAAGUUCAAGGAAUGCACUACAAUCGACUUAAGGGGAAGAAGCGAGCAAGGGAGGAAGAUGAAGGGGAUAAGGAAAAGGAAAAGGGAAAGGGAAAAGGAAAAGGGAUGUUUUCCAAUUUGAAGAAAAAAGUGCGAGAUAAAGCAAAGGAAUUUGAAAAUGGAAAUGGGAAGGCGAAGAAGACGAAGAAUGGGAAGAAGGCAAAGAACUAG